GCAUAGGUAGUCGAAAUCGCAGUCUGAUCGGACAUACGUGAAAUGUCAAGGUGGGAUUUUGAUGUACUAAUUUUAAGUCAAACUAUAGAUGAAAACUGUGUUCGAAAUAAGAUUGACGAUUAACUGAGAUGUUUGCAAAAAUAUUCCAUCCACUGCUGUGCGUUGCUUUGUUGGCGACAACAUCGGCUGAAUUUUCUCCAAAUCUGACGAUUUCAAGCUGCACGUCUAGCCGCGUAGUGAUACACUUAGAGGGCGCAGUUGAGGGCGGACUUCUUUUCAUACAGGGCGGAGGAAAUAAGUGCGUGAAAACAACGGCGCAGGGGCAAAACGAACACACCUUCGAGUUUGACACGUGCAAAAUUGAAUAUGACAGCAAAUUCCGCGUUGUGGUACAGAAGAAUCCCCGUUACCAGACUGGUACUGACAAGGUUAUACCGGUAAUGUGUCAAGUGGAUACCAGCGACCUAUUUGUUACCGGGAUUAUCUUUCCAGAGGAAGACAUCGACGCUGCGAUGAACAAAACUGUGAAACCAACAGUGCGCAUGCGCAUCACGAGCGGAAGUAAAGGUUCAGAGACAGGACCGGUCAGCGAGGUCUCCAUCAAUGAAAAGCUGAAAAUGUCACUGGAACUGGCGGAAGAGUAUCUCCAUGAUUUUGACAUCAAAGCCAAAGACUGUAUAGCGUCAAGGCUCCCUCUUGUCGAGAACGAGUGCUCCUCCGACCAAGAAUUGUUCCCAAACUUCGAAAAACAGCAGCGAGGCGCUCUGCUGGCGGCUUUUCAAGCGUUUACGCCGACCAACCUCGUCGGUCAAGCUGAAGUGGACGUCGCCUUCACGUGUAACGUCACCGUGUGCCGAGGGGAAUGCCACCAGAAAGUAUGUGGGGAAAUAGUUGGCUGGGGCAGAAAGAAGCGCGGGAAUGACGACGAGUACGACGACGUAUAUGAAAAACUGACCAUUGGAACCACGAUCAAAGUGAAAACCAACAACCCAGAUAGUCUUGCUCACAAUCUCAAUGGUGAUGAAGACGUGUUGUGCGGGUCAAAGGUCAUGGUCACAGUCGUGUUAGCGAUCGCCGUAUUCACAGUUAUCAUCUCCUGGAUCGUCUGCGGCUGCGUUACAGCCAAGUUAAGACGAGCAUACAAAACAAGCGGGGACGAUACUUCUAAAGAACGACCAAGCGCUCUGCGGCGCCUGUCUGAGCACAGCAUCAACUUCGCGCGAUCCGUCGGCCGCCGAAUGUCCAACUUACUUAAUCUCCCAGUCGGGUACAACAUGGGAGACCAUAAGAUGAUUGAGAGCAUACCCGACUGUAUGGAGGAUACGCCGCCACCGACACGGCGGGAUUUAGUCACAGUCACUCGUGUUGCAUAUGUUGACCAAUAGACCCACAUCAUCGUCAUCCUUAUCAUUGCACUUCAUGUUCACCAGCACUGACGGACUCGAUGAUAUCGGCAUUGAGAAAGUAGCAUGGUCCUCUUUCGUUUGAAAAUGUGCUUUUCUUCAAUAACAAUUGUUUAUAUUUUGAAAAUAAAGAAGUUAAAAACUAGUGUUAAAACAGACAAAUGUGACAGACAGACAACGAUUUUCUAAUUUAGAAACACGCAAAAGAAUAAUCAAGUAUACACAUUUACGUCUGGAUUUCUAAAAAAAAGUAAUGACUUCACGUAGUCUUUUCAUGAUGAAGGCAAUAAAUGCCCGAUGGAUGAAAGGCUAUGCAAAUAGUUACGCGUUUACAGACAUGUGGAAUUAAUCGUCGAGUGCAAUAUUCACAGUAAAUAAUAAAGCAUUGUGAUAUCAUUCAUGUUCACUCUAUUAAUAAGGUAAAUAUUAAAGAAUAUUUAACAUUAUUUCGUGUUGUGGAUUCCAUGUGAUGGUGUUUCUGUUGUUGUUUAUUAGAUAUAUAUUUAGGAUUUAUCUAAUUGCAACAUGUAAUUGUGAUGGUAAAUGCAAAAUUCAUUCUAUGCGCCCAAAAGCAUCGGUAUAUUACAAACUUCAAUGCUGAAAGAUAUCGAUACUUUUUUUAUUUAUUUUUCAAGAAAAGAUUGAACCUACGUCAGUAAAGUAAUCUUAGACAACAUGAAACUAGACUUUAUUUUAAAUGGAAUCUGUUUGACACUAUUGUUGUAUUGGAAAAUAUAUAA